GCGCUUGACAACCGAAGGGGCUGGGUAGCAGGCUACUUACUACCAGCAGCAGAAAUCGAUCCGAGAAGACAACAAAAGAGACUGACGAACAAAACGAAACAGAAUCGCUCUGACAGCUACGAUUUUCAACAACAGAAACAAAUCUAAGGAGCGUGUUUUCAGCCCAUGUAUUUUUAGACCAAGCCCGUCGUCACCAUGACAGRGGAGGAGAUCAUCAAUGUGAAGGAGGUGGAGAUCAUCAAGGUGAUCCUAGACUUCCUCAACUCCAGGAAGCUCCACAUUAGCAUGCUGGCCCUGGAGAAGGAGAGUGGAGUCAUCAACGGACUCUACUCUGACGACAUGCUUUUCCUCAGGCAACUGGUGCUAGAUGGGCAGUGGGACGAGGUGCUUCAGUUUAUUCAGCCGCUGGAGUGCAUGGACAAGUUUGACAGGAAGAGGUUCCGUUACAUCGUCCUGAAGCAGAAGUUUCUAGAGGCCCUGUGUGUGAACAACGCCAUGUCUGCUGAGGACGAGCCACAGCAUUUGGAGUUCACCAUGCAGGAGGCGGUGAAGUGUCUUCAUGCCCUGGAGGAGUUCUGUCCGUCUAGAGACUACAGCAAGCUAUGUCUGCUCCUCACUCUGCCUCGUCUCACCAACCACGCUGACUUCAAGGACUGGAACCCCAGCACGGCGCGGGUGCACUGUUUUGAGGAGGCGUGCACCAUGGUGGCAGAGUUCAUCCCUGCAGACAGGAAGCUGAGUGAGGCGGGGUUCAGGGCCUCAGGGAACCGCCUCUUCCAGCUCCUCAUUAAAGGAAUUCUGUAUGAGUGCUGCGUAGAGUUCUGUCAGAGCAAGGCGACAGGCGAGGAGAUCACGGAGGGCGAGGUGCUCCUAGGGGUGGACAUGCUGUGUGGGAACGGCUGUGACGACCUGGACCUGUCCUUACUGUCCUGGAUGCAGAACCUGUCCCACAGUGUCUUCUCCUGUGCCUUCGAGCAGAAGUUGCUUCAGAUCCACGUGGACCGCCUGGUCAAGCCUGCCAAGGCCAGCUACGCAGACCUCCUCACCCCUCUCAUCAGCAAACUAUCCCCCUACCCCUCCUCGCCCCUCCGCCGCCCCCAGUCCGCAGACACCUACAUGUCCCGGUCUCUGAACCCGGCCCUGGAUGGCCUGUCAUAUGGGCUGUCUGGCCAGGAGAAGAGGGGCCCAGGGGGAGACACGGCAGGGAGGAAGGGGAUGUCCCCCAUGUCUCAUUCCUUCGCUAACUUCCACACGGGGGGUCAGAGUCUGAGCAGGAGUCUGAUGCUGGACAGCUAUGACUGCCACAGCAUCUUUGAGGAGUCUCCUGAGAGCUCCAGGACGGACACGCCCGUGGAUAAGAUGAUGAGUUCAGGCACCCUGCGCCCCGACUCCGCCCCUGGAGAGGACGCCCCGUCACCAGGCUCUGCAGAGAGGAACGAGUUGCGUGACUCGACAGAGAAGUUUGAAGAGUUCUACCGCCAGCGUUUGAGGGUCCAGCAGCACCUGGAACAGAAGCAGCAGCAGAGACAACUCUACCAGCAGAUGCUGCUGGAGGGAGGGGUACAACACAGUGACCAGCCAGCCCCCGGGACAGACGCCAUGCAGCACAGCCUCACUGAGAAGUUCCUCAACAGGUCUAUUCAGAAGCUGGAGGAGUUGAACGUAGGGAUGGAGAGUCUAGGGGAGGAGGUCCAGUCUCUGUCCCAGCAGUGUAACGGCACGGGCCCAACCCCCGAGAACAACAACGGUGACCCCGCAGCCCUGACCCCUGACCCCCCUGUGACCCUGACCCCCGAGCAGGGCCGCCCUCAGGGAGGAGGGGUGGUCAGCAGCACCCCACAACGCACCGCAGGGGGACGGGAGGUGCCCCCACCUAAUGAAUCCCCCGUGGUCUCCCAGAGCCCCUAUCAGGGGGACAAGCCCAAGCCCCUGUUUGUAGCUGUGAAUACCCUGGAAGACACUCAGGCAGUGCGCGCUGUAGCCUUCCACCCCACGGGAGCACUAUACGCUGUGGGCUCCAACUCUAAGACGCUACGCGUGUGUGCCUACCCAAACGCCCCACUGGACACCAGUGGGGUAUCAGGUAUGACCAAGCAGCCYGAGGUUUGUUUUAAGAGGAAUAAGCACCAUAAGGGUUCUAUCUACUGUGUGGCCUGGAGUCACUGUGGACAGCUGCUAGCCACCGGCUCCAACGACAAAUAUGUCAAAGUCCUGCCCUUUAGCUCAGAGACCUGCAACGCCACAGGUCCYGACCUGGAGUUCAGUAUGCACGACGGUACCAUCAGAGACCUGGCGUUCAUGGAGGGACCAGAGAGUGGAGGGGCCAUUCUGAUCAGUGCCGGAGCCGGAGACUGUAACAUCUACACCACUGACUGUCAGAGAGGACAGGGCCUACACGCUCUCAGUGGACACACAGGUCAUAUCCUGUCUCUGUAUACGUGGGGAGGGUGGAUGAUAGCGUCAGGCUCUCAGGACAAGACUGUGAGGUUCUGGGACCUGAGAGUACCGAGCUGCGUUAGAGUGGUGGGCACUGCCUUUCAUGGAUCAGGCAGUCCUGUUGCCUCGGUAGCGGUGGACCCUAGCGGUCGUCUCCUAGCGACGGGCCAGGAGGACAGCGGCUGUAUGCUUUAUGACAUCAGAGGGGGACGCAUGGUGCAGACGUACCGGCCCCACUCCAGUGAUGUGCGCUCCGUUAGGUUCUCCCCCGGGGCACACUACCUGCUCACUGGUUCCUACGACACRAAAGUCAUGAUCAGCAACCUGCAAGGUGACUUGACGAAGCCGUUGCCCCUGACUCUGGUAGGGGAGCACGGUGACAAGGUGAUUCAGUGCAGGUGGCACACACACGACCUGUCCUUUCUCUCCUCCUCCGCUGACCGUACCGUCACACUCUGGACACACAACCCCUAACACACACAAGACCUGUCCUUCCUCUCCUCCUCCGCUGACCGUACAACCCCUAACACACACACGACCUGUCCUUCCUCUCCUCCUCCGCUGACCGCACCGUCACACUCUGGACACACAACCCCUAGUACCCAAGCACCCUACACUCCCUCACCACUUGCAACCAACAGGACGGUUUAUCCCUCUGGAGUGAAGUCCGAGUGGUUGUAUCUUUUAGACGUUUUAAGGUUUGAUUUCAUGUCAUGCUCGGCUCCCCUCACAUCACUGCUUCUGGGAACAACUCUCACUCUGGCAAAUGCAUCCUGUACUCAGUGGUUCAACAGGUGUGUCUGGGGGGGUGGGGUACAAUGGGGGAAGUGCACCAACUGGAGAUGUUUCGCUACACUGCAUUGUUUCAUAUGGUGCCUUGAGUUAUCCAGUUUCCACAAGAAAGCUUUAUCAAUACAGAAACCCACGUGGGUCCUCUCCAUUUCGGGGUCAAAGUUGAACUUAUCUGUGACAUCGUUCCAGAAACAAAAUGUACAUUCCUCAUUAGUUUGCACAGUCAUCAGUGUGCUUGUUACCAUGCUGCUAUUAUUUGAGAAGAAACCAAUGUUGUGAUCUAAACUGCUGACUGUGUGUGUGGUUCAUUGCAUCAGGUGAUCAGUYUGGGAUAUCAGCUAUAGAUUGAUUAGCUGUUGGCAAUACUACUAGUAUACCCCUAAUGUGGAACUUUCCCAUGUCUAACACUACUGUGCAAGUUUGCCUAUCGCGUCGCUGGCUUUGUAAAAAAAUCUUUUUUUGGGGGGGGGGGCUUGUACGUUAAUGUCAAGUGUUUCGUGCAAAAUGCUGUCUUCAGGCAGAUAUGUUUCUUGCAUUGGCUUGCUUUCAAAUGGAAAAAUAAAAUACUUGUUUUAUAUCYACAUGGAAGGGAAUUACAGCUACAUCUGCUUGGCCAGAUGCAGCGUACAGUUAAGUUGUAAGCAACAAUCACUUGUAUAGUUUUACUUAGUUCUGCAAUGUUACUGGUUGUUACCUAGAUGGCAGUCUGACCAUUUUAAAGGGAUUCUUAUGCACAAUGAAAUCUUACAAAAAGCACGGCAUUGCUCUACAUCACAUUUAUGAACCUGUAUUGCUUCCGUUAGUUUCUGUUUCUUAGGUUUGCACCAGACACUUAUCCUAUCAAGAUGCAGGCUUSAGUUUUAGGCUUUGUUCAUCAAUUUUAAAAUAAGGCCAAACUAAUUGAUGUAUUUAUUUAUAAUUUGUUAUUGUAUGUCUAGUCAUGAUUUUCUGUUGAUAUGAAAUAAGAUGGUGGUUCUUGUAUUUAGCUUUUAUAAAACUUGUUUUAAAAAGUGACUGAGAGAAAUGAAAAAGUGUGAUCGCUGCUGUGGUAUCUAAAUAAAAGCCUCUGACCCUU